ACUUCACACUUUCUCACACUAAAAAGAAAUGGAAUCUCCACCAUUCAUCACCACCCUCCUCCUCUUCCUCCUCCCAAUCCUCGCCGUACUCCGCCACUCCGCCGCCGCCGCAACACCCUACCCGAAAGAAGCCCUCCCCACGAAAUCCGGCUACUUGAAAGUCAACUCCACCUCAAGCUCAGCCAUUUUCUACACAUACUACGAAUCUCAAACCUCUCACAAAAACUCAGAAACCCCAAUUCUGAUAUGGUUACAAGGCGGGCCGGGCUGUUCAUCAAUGCUGGCCAAUUUAUUCGAGCUCGGCCCGUAUCUAGUGAACCAAGACCUCUCUCUCAAACCAAAUCCAAAUUCAUGGAACAAAAUUUUCGGCCUGCUUUUCCUCGACAAUCCAAUCGGCACCGGCUUCAGCAUCGCCGCCUCGCCGGAGGAAAUACCUAGAAACCAAAACGACGCCGCGAAGCACCUCUACGCAGCGAUCAACAAAUUCAUCUCCCUCGAUAAGUCGUUCAAAACCCGGCCGAUCUACCUCACCGGAGAAAGCUACGCCGGAAAAUACCUCCCGGCGCUGGGCUACUACAUUCUGAAGAGGAACGCACUUUUGCCGGUCAAUAGCCGGAUGAAUUUCGCCGGAGUUGCCAUCGGAAACGGAUUGACCGAUCCGGAGAUCCAAGUCUCCACCCAUGCAUCGAACGCCUACAAUUUGGGGCUGAUCAACGAGGAGCAAAUGGUCCAAUUGGAGAAGAUCCAAUCCGAGACCGUUGGAUUCGUGACACGUGGCAAAUGGAACGAGGCCACGAAUUCGAGAAACAGAGUGUUGGCUACACUAACUAACAUGACUGGAUUAGCCACUCUGUAUGAUUUCAGGAGACUAACUCCCUACCCAAACAAGGUGGUUGUCAAGUUCCUGAACAAUGUGGAAGUGAAAAGAGCCCUAGGGGUAAAAGAGUCAAAAGUUUUCGAGCUGUGCAGUAGUGCCGUUGGCGAGGCGUUGCACGACGACGUCAUGAAGAGCGUGCGGUACUUGGUCGAUUUCUUGGUUAAGAAGACUCGGGUUUUGCUCUAUCAAGGGCAGUGCGAUUUGAGGGACGGUGUUUUUUCGACGCUUUCGUGGGUGAAGAAGCUGAAUUGGGAAGGUACCGACGAUUUUUUGAAGGCGGAGAGGAAGAUUUGGAGAGUCGACGGAAAUUUGGCGGGAUACGUGCAGAAAUGGGAGGGUUUCAGCCAUGCUGUAGUGUUGAAUGCAGGGCAUCUUGUGCCUACUGAUCAGGGUUUGAAUUCUCAAGUUAUGAUCCAAGAUUGGGUUUUGGAGAGAGGGUUGUUUUCUGAUGAGAAAACCCAUUAAUUUAAUAUCUUAUCUUGGCAACCAAACGAGGGCCUUAUUUGUUGCAAUAAUAUGAUAAAUUUGUAUUCGUUUAGAAUCAAAGUAUCUAAUGUUUCUACUCUUCAUGCUCAGUUUAUUCGUAAGUAGUUAAGAAAUAGUUCGUCUGAAAGUU